CUUCAGCAUCACGCUGCAAACAUGCAUUCUCUGCAGAGCUACAGGAUAUCUGGUGACAAAAGCAUCAAAGAAUUCACAAGCAGCUUGCAUUUGUUUGACCAAACUAGCUGGAUCUUUUGUAAUGGCUGUACUGACUUCAAAGGAAAUGAAACUCCAUGUGAUGGAAUUACUUGGAUUGAGACAAAAGUCACUAUCCUGCGGGAAUCUGUGUCUUUGAUCUGUAAGCAAAUCUUACCAAAGGGGACAUUCCAGGUCAUUUUUCUUCUCACAUCACCAGUUGAGAAACCACUUUUGCUCACCUUUUAUGAGUUUUUCACAGACAUGGAAGGCCACGAAGAUAUUGUCUGUAUCUGUGAAUCACAGAAAAACUUCCAGAAGUGGCAAAGCUUUGCAGAGGUCUCAUGUGGACAGAGUGAAACUGUGAACAAUUGCAGUGUUGUUGGGAUGAAAAUGAGUCAUGUUAAUGCAACUCUGCAGCAAAUACAACCUGUAAAAGCACAUGCCAGCCAACAUCUACCAGUCUUUGUGAAAGGAACAUGUCUGCUAGAAACACAGGCAGAGGAACAGAUGUAUUCUCUGGAAAUUCUGACAGUCGAUCAUUGCGAUGAAACAAGUGAAGAAUUCAUCAAUGAGGAGAAAGCAAACAUUGAAGAGCAGUUCUAUCGUGGUGGGAAAGUGAACUGGUUGAAUUUCUGGCUUGCUGAACAGAAGCAUUUGGGAGAGGUAAUUGAAAGAGAUGCUUAUCAUGAGGUUUCCAGACUUCUCAAUGAUGCUUUGAAAUGGAAUGCAGAUCAAACUCCAGUAAAGAGUAUAAACAUCUACCAUCAUCCAGGAAGUGGAGGAAGCACUGUCGCAAGACAAGUGCUAUGGAACAACAGGAAAGAUCUAAGGUGUGCAGUUGUAAAGCCUUCAUACUCAGCUUCUCUUGUUGCGCAACAUGUAGUUGAACUAAGAGAAUAUGAAGAAAAAGAUCCACAGACAUGUCUUCCUGUGCUGCUCCUCAUUGAAGACUCAGACAAAGAAUAUCUAGAUGAUCUCAGGAAUGAACUGGAGGUUGCCAUUAACACGAAAAGAAUCCAGUAUCAAACUCUGUGUUUCAUUUUGUUGAGCUGCAGACGAUCCCAUGAUCCAGAGAAAAGAUGCAAGGAGUCGGUAUUGCACAAUGUGUCUGUCACUCAUGAGCUGUCUGAUCAAGAGAAGAAGAAGUUUGCUGGAAAACGAAAGGUGCUUGAGAAACAAUAUGAGCCUCGAUUCAUCCUGACCUUUGUGUUGAUGAGUGAAGGCUUCAAUGAGAAAUAUGUUCAACAUUUUGUGGAACAUUUGCUCCAAGGCAUUGACCGUCAAUCUGUUGUCACUCGCCUCAUUCUCUAUGUAGCACUGCUGAACACUUAUGUUCAAGACUCUUUCAUCUCUCUGUCCCAUUGUGAAGCUUUGCUUGCCCUAACCUUUCACUUGGAAAGGUUUCGCCAGCACGAGUUUGAGAAAUCACUCAGUGAUCAGGCUAAACUAGUGUUCUUGCACCUGAGAGAUGACAAGACACAAAUUAAAUCAAUCAGAAUCAUCCACCCACUCGUUGCAGAAGAAAUUCUCAAACAACUUUUGGGGAACAAACAGACCCAAAGCAGUUUGGCAAAGAGUUUGCUCUGUGAGAACGUGCUCUUUGAGCACAGAUUUGGAAGGGAUGAAUAUCUGUCAUUUCUGAGAGCCCUUUUCAUAAGGCGAGCCAGAAUAAGCAAAGGGGACAAAUAUGAUAGUUUUUUCUCACCUCUGAUUGAGCAUGUAUGUGAAAAGGAGAAAAGCCCAGGCAAAGCAAUUGAGUUACUCAAGGAAGCAUUUCAGCGUUUUCAUAAAGAUCCAUUCUUUGCACAACAACUUGCUCGUCUCCAUUAUACUUAUGACAAGUUUGAAGAGGCAAAACACUGGGCAGAGACAGCAGCUAAACUGCUGCCCAACAACUCAUACAUACUCAACACAAAAGGGCAGGUGUACAAAAAAUGGUUCCAGGCUAAAUGCAAAGCUAUUGACCAUGACAAUGUACCAAAGACAGCCCAAAAUAUUGCAGAUGCUAUGGAGACUGCCCUGAAAGCCCUGGAGUGUUUCCAAGAAUGUGAGAAAGCAUCUGAGGCAAACAUGGAAAAUGUAAGCAGUUCUGGGUUUUUUGCUGAAGUUGAGGUCGGCUGCAGCCUGCUCAAACUGAUGUCAUCAUCGCAAGUGUUUUCAAACAGAGCCAAUGGCCAUGCAGAGUGUAUGAAGUACCUGUUAACUGAUUACAUUCCAGAGGACGUGAAACAUGUCUGGGAACCAUUUCAUGACCGCGUGAAAAAAAUUCACAAGUCAAUGCAAGAUACCUUGGAAUGGAUUUCAGAAGACCUCAGCUACUUCCAGACAGACAUUGGUGCAGAUGAAGAAGAGACCCCUGAAAGUCCUGAAGAGCAGAUAAGCCAGCCACUGAAAUGGUUGGCAAAAAAAUCUGCAGAGUAUGGGAAGUACUUCAGUGAAGCUUAUUCUACUGCACUACAGCAUGGGCAGUCAAUCCCAGACAAUCUGACUCCUUUCCAAAAACGCAUGAUCAUCUAUCAUCUUGGUGGAGGUAACAUUACAUCCAUCCUCUCCAAGCUAACUGACCAGAGGGAUGCAGUACCUCUUCUAGAGACCAUCCUUUCUCUCUACCCCAGCAAUCCAAUCAAGGCCAAAUUUGUUCAAAGGGAUAUUGUGAAUUACAUCGUGGCCCACAUUACUCUGAACUGCCUGUCACCACAAAAUCAAAAGGUAGCUCCUCUCAAAAAUCUGCACGCACUGUGUUAUCAGUUCCCAUCUGAUAAAAGGAAAUGUUUACCAAGUGCCCUGUUCUUGCUUACCCUGCUGUUCUGGCCUGAUGAUCAUGACACAGUCCUUGAGAAAGAAACCAAGUAUGAAAUAGUGCAAUCGGCUGUUGAACACCUGGAAAAAGACUAUUGGACCAAGAUGAAGGACAUUCCUCAGAGGAAAAGACGGAUUUACACCCAUUUUUUCCUGGGCAAUGGGAAUGGAUUGGACAAAUUUGUCCACAAGAAAAAGUUUGAAACAGUCACAAAGGUGUUCUCAGCCUCUGAGAAACGCAUGAAGUGGUUUAGAGGUGAGGCAUGGAAAUUGCCUGAGAUUGCCACGAUGCUGAAGUGUGUCUCUGGAUGGACUGACAACGGAGUGGUGUACCUCGAAGGCCCUCGGAAAAAGAAGUUCAAUAUCUUGCCUCUUCAUGUUCCUUCAGUGCCUCAUAGUAAUGAAAACAUCACAUUCUACCUGGGGUUCACAUUCAGAGGGCCCGUUGCCUACAACAUCACUGUGAAGAGGUAGUUUGUCUUUCAACAAUGAGCCUAUCACAUGUGGCUAUAUGUCAUCUUGCUGAAACAUGGGCCUAGUACCACCUCAUUACCAAGAGCAAGAACAGGUUACAAAAAGAUCCAAUCAAAACACACAGGCUUUCAAACAAUAGUUUGUCUUUGAACAGUGAUCCCGUCAUGUAUGGCUGUACAUCGUCUUGCUGAAACAUAGGCAUAGUACCUUCUUAUGACAGUUUGUAUUUUGCAGUUUGCAUUGUCCCCUCUUGUGUAUAUAUAUAUAUGUAAGUGAACUAAAAAAUACAGCAUUAGUGUCAUAGAAAUCACAAACCAGAUUUUUUUUGUAUAGAAACAUGGACUAUGACAUGACUGACUCUGGUUUCUCAGAGUAAUAACAAUGUAAACUGAAUAUUUUUUACUCUACAACUCAGUGCUUCUCAAUACAACCUUCAAUUUCCUGUUUAGAUUUAUCUAUUUUUAUGUAUCCAGAUAUAUGUUUCCUGUUUUUGUUAUAGUAUUUUUUUAAUCAGAAUGUUUGUAGAUCUGUGAUCUGAUUGAACUGGAACUGGCUCACAUUUUGUGUGAUCCUGAAGAAACAGAACUAGACUUCUACUGGAUAGAAAAAAAGCUCACAAGAUGAACUUUGGUUCCACGUGUGUACAUCUGGGCUUCUAGUAGAUCAUUGACAGCUUACUCACUCUUGUACAUUUUCCUGGAUUCAGUGUAAAUAGAAAUGGAAUUAAAUGCAACUAUUUUCAUUGGAAUUGUAUCAUUGUUAUAACAACAAAUGUAUUAAAAGCUAAACAGCAACAUAAUGUACAGUCAGAGAAGAAUGUGUAUACAUAAUGAUGUGCAACAGAAAAAUGUGUGUAGCAAAGUAUGGAAUUUAAUGGAUGUGUGUUUGAAUAUGCUUUACACAAAUAAUGAAAACAUGCUUGUCCUUAAUAUGAAACUACAAGUGAAGCCAGACAGGCUACAGUGCUCACCUGUACUUUUUUGAUUGUAUUUACUUAUGUUAAAUGCUUUUGAAAACAAUAAUGUUCUUAAAUAUAUGCAAAACAUGUCACUGAAUAUAAUAAACUCUUUUCUUUUUCAA